AUGGAGGGAACUCGUAGAUUGUUGGAUAGAUCCAGAGAACCGGGUCCCAAGAAACCCCGAUUGAUGGAGGAGCUUCAGCGAGGUUCAAACCCUAAUACUCGAGGCUUUCCUCAACGACAAUCUGCUACAAUGGCUAGGUUUCGAAUUAGUGAGAGAGAGAUUGAAAAUAGUGACGCUGAUCAUGGGGACGGUGGUUACCACCCGCAGCCACCGCCGCAUCAAGAGCUUGUGACUCAGUAUAGGGCUGCUUUGGCUGAGCUUACUUUCAAUUCGAAACCGAUAAUUACCAACUUGACUAUUAUUGCUGGAGAGAAUCUUUCUGCUGCCAAAUCAAUUGUUGGAGCUGUUUGUGCUAAUAUUCUAGAGGUUUCAAGUGAUCAAAAGCUGCCCUCGCUUUAUCUCUUAGACAGUAUUGUUAAGAAUAUUGGGCGGGAUUACAUAAAAUACUUUGCUGUUAGACUACCUGAGGUAUUCUGCAAUACAUACAAACAUGUUAAUCCUCCUGUGCAUUCAAGUAUGAGGCAUCUUUUUGGAACUUGGAGAGGAGUCUUUCCUCCUCAGACCCUUCAAAUCAUUGAGAAAGAACUUGGCUUUGCUCCCACAGUCAAUGGUUCAGCUUCUGCAUCUGCUACAAUCAGAAAUGAUUCUCAGUCUCAACGUCCACCUCAUAGCAUCCAUGUAAAUCCCAAAUAUUUAGAAAGGCAACGUCUUCAGCAGUCUAGCAAGACUAAAGGAGCAUUUGAUGAUAUGACUGGAGUUAUUUCAAACGCAAAUGAGGAUUCAGAGAGGUCAAAUAGAGCUUUGGGUGUUGCACGGCCGUGGCUGGAUUCUAGGGUUAACAUGCGUAAUAACCAGCAUACUCAUAGAGACGCAUUUAACGAUUCUGUUCCUGACAAGAGCAUUGGUGGAGCCUAUGGAGAUGAGGAGUAUAAUUUGGGUUCAGAUGUUGGAAGAACUGGAAGUAGGCUCAUUGGUGGUGUUGCAGAGACCUUAUCCGGGCAAAGAAAUGGUUUCAGCCUCAAACAUGGUUUUUCUAAUCACGAAGCACCAAAGCCUAUGAAUUUGGAUGCACAUAACAUAAGGAGCAGUGCCAUGUCAAGGAACUGGAAAAAUUCCGAGGAAGAGGAGUUCGUGUGGGAUGAGAUGAACCCUGGUUUGCCCGAACAUGUACCUAAUGUCUCUAGCAACUUGAGCUCAGAUCCAUGGAUUGCCGAUGAUGACAAUUUGGAAAGUGAAGAUCACCUCCAAAUGACACAUCCAAUUAGAACUAAGGUUGAUAAAGAAAUAUCCACUGUUAAGAAACAACUGCCAUCAUCAGGGGGCCAUUCAUCAGUAUCAUGGGGGUUGCAGAAGCAGCUCCCAAGUGCCAAAUUGAAUAUGAAGUCAAGUCACUCAGAAACAUUUGUUUCAGCUCCUAGUGGCCUACCCAAGAAUUCAAACUCUUUGGCUGCAAGGAUGAGAAAUCAGUCUUCCAUGCCGCAUACAACAAUAGGAUUGGCCAAAAAUAUGGGACAGCAACAAUUUGAUUCUGAAGGUGCCGAAUCCCCUUCUGAACAGUCACCUUUGCAACAACAGUCUCCAUCCGUGCCAGUAACAACACAUCACGCGCCUUCAGUGCGAAAUUUGGCUGAGCAAGAUUGUCCACAAACUCUUAAAACAUCUCAACAUUUGGGUGGUCUGCAGAGUCAAUAUAUUAGAGAUCCCACACCUGCAACUCGUCCCAAUGUUCAGGUUGGUACCUUGCGGAAAUUACAAGCAAAGGACACGCGGGGUCCAUCAUCUUCUGUAACUUCUCUCCAGGCAAAACCUCAACAGCGACAGCUGGGCCCUUCACAGGUUGAAGUUACUCUUAAAGCUAAGCAGCCACUCAAGUCCAAAGUUUCUUUAGCCAAAACCAAAGCCAAAGAAACUUCAGAAAAGUCAACCACAAAAAGUCAUCCAGCUCCAUCUGUGAAGAGUGGAGUCAUCCCCAACAAAUCUGGACCAAUUACCAAAAGUCUAGAUGCAAGUAACCGUCCAUCUCAAUCAGGGGUUAAGCCUACUCGGUCAAUUGGUGCUUCCCCUACUACAUUAAUUUCUUCAGGGUCUUCCUCCGUGUCAUUAGGUUCUUCAAAUGAUCAUUCACAAGCUUUGCCAAAACUACCUCAAGGGAAGGUUGUAAAGAAGCAAAAAAAAUCUACUCAACCAUCUGCAUCUGCUUCCUCUAAUGAACGCGGUGCAUCAGCUCCGAGCUCAAAUACCGUCAAUAAGAAUACCUUGAAUCCAAUUUCAAAUCUUUUAAGUUCAUUAGUUGCUAAAGGUUUGAUAUCCGCAGGAACGGAGUCAGCAACUGUAGUGCCAAAUGAGACGGUGAUUCGAUCGAAAGACCAAACCGAUGGCAUCACUACCAGUUCCUCAUUGCCAGUUGUUUCAGUUCUUGAUUCUGCAACUGUCCCAAUAAAAUCUUCCAAAGUUGAGGUAGAUGGUGAUGAGGUGGACGAUGAUGAGGUAGACGGUGAUGAGGUAGACGGUGAUGAGGUAGAUGAUGCUGCAAAAGCCUCGCUUGCCUUGUCUCAAUCAACUAGCACAGAGAUUAUAAAUCUCAUUGGCUUUGAUUUCAAACCUGAUGUAAUUCGAGAAAUGCACCCACAUGUAAUCGCAAAAUUAUUAGAUGAACUCCCACAUCAUUGUGGUAAAUGUGGUAUUAGGCUUAAACACCUAGAACAGUUUGAUAGACACUUGGAAUGGCAUGCUACAAAAGAAAGAGUACAAAAUGGUUUGAAUGGAGCAUCAAGAUGGUACGCAAAGUUGAAUGACUGGAUUGCUGGCAAGGCUGGAUAUCUGUCCGAGUCUGAAUUUACUGAUUCUGUCGAUGAACAUGACGAUGAAAACACAUACGAGAGUCAAUUGGAUUCUAUGGUGUUAGCAGAUGAAAAUCAAUGCUUGUGUGUAUUGUGUGGUGAGCUAUUUGAAGAUGUAUACUGUCAGGAAAGGGAGCAAUGGAUGUUCAAGGGGGCUGUUUACCUGAACAAUUCCGAUAACGUUAGUGAGACGGAAAGUAGAAUUGCGGGCCCCAUCAUUCAUGCUAGAUGUUUAUCAGAGAACAAAAUAUCUGUUGUGACCAAUACAGAGCUUGAUUAA